GGAGCCUGGGAAGGAAGGGAGGAGGGGAGAAAGAGCAGCAUCCCCCCCACCACCUAGAGGAUAUCAGCUGAGUGAUGAGGGCAGGAGCCAGAUUCCAGAGGGAAAGGAGGCCGAGGGGAGAGAGACGGGGGGCCACGGACAUCGACAGCCGGAGACGUAGGACGUGGGGACGUUGUUGACAGGGUACCCAGACGUCAGCAAACCGUUUCUUUGUCUCUCCUGCCUUCUUGUGGAAAAGCUAGAGAGAGAGCAGACUUCCCCUGAGAAGCACCAGCAAUGCUCGCACGAUGACCUCGGCCGCCCCAAAGGAGAGAGGGCCGCCGGCCCCCAGCGCCGAGGCUGCCCAGAAGUUCUUGGAUUCCUUCCUGCGGGAGUUUCCAGGCCCCCUGAGCCCGGAGGCGGCGUUGCCGUGGAAGGUGCCAGGAGCUCGUCUGAGCCAGGACGAGGCGGAAGGCGACCUGAUUGAGCUGGCCCUGGGCCUCCUCAGCAGCAGGAAUGCGCUGUUGCCGCUGGCGUGCGCGCUGACCCACGAGGCCGUUACCCAGCUCAUGCAGGCUGACCUGUCCGUCUUCAGGCAAUUGCCCAAGCUAGAGAAAGUGGAGGAAGAGGAGGAAGAUGGGGUCAGUGUCUCCUUGCUGGAUGCAGAGAGCCUGCAGCGAUGUUUCUUCGGUAAGCUUUGGGAAGUUUGUAGCCAGUGGCAGAAGCAGAUGCCAGCCCCUUCCAGAUGCGCUUCUCGUUCCUGGCUGACUUCCAUUCAUGCCAUCCGAAAUACCCGCCGCAAGAUGGAGGACCGCCAUGUUUCGCUUCCCACCUUCAACCAGCUCUUUGGUUUCUGUGACCAGGUGGAUCGAGCCUACUUUGCCGUUUUUGAUGGUCAUGGAGGUGUCGAUGCUGCCAACUACGCUGCAGUCCAUUUGCAUGUUAAUGUUGCCCGGCAUCCAGAGGUGACCAGAGACCCCGCAGAGGCCCUCAGGGCAGGGUUCAAGCAGACUGAUGAGAUGUUCCUCCGGAAAGCCAGGCGGGAGAAGCUUCACAGCGGCACCACAGGGGUCUGCGCAUUCCUCGUGGGACGCACCAUCCAUGUGGCCUGGCUUGGAGACUCCCAGGUCAUGCUGGUGCAGCAGGGGCGAGCCCUGGUGCUGAUGGAGCCUCACAAGCCCGAGCGCCAGGAUGAGAAGGAGCGCAUAGAGGCCCUGGGUGGGUUUGUGUCCUACAUGGACUGCUGGAGAGUCAAUGGCACCCUGGCUGUUUCCAGAGCUAUCGGGGAUGCCUUCCAGAAGCCUUACGUGUCUGGCGAGGCUGAUGUGGCCUCCCACGAGCUCACGGGCACGGAAGACUACCUUCUCCUGGCCUGCGACGGCUUCUUCGACUCCGUCUCGCACGAUGAGGUAGCCGGCCUGGUCCGUGACCUGUUGGUCCAGAGUGAGGGCAGUACUCUGCGGAUCGCAGAAGAGCUGGUGGCGGCUGCCCGUGAGCGGGGCUCCCAUGAUAAUAUCACUGUCCUGGUGGUCUUCCUCAGGGACCCUCAGGAGCUUCUCAAAGACUGCAUUCCUGAGGCAGCAGAUGCCCAGUAGGACCCGAGUGUGGGAGCCUCAGUCUCUGCCUUCUUGGGGCUCCAGAAUGGCACUCUGGACAGCAGCUUGGGGUCCCAAGAGGUCCUGCGGUGUGGGUACCUGCUCCCCUGUCUCCCCACCCCAGGACUCCUUAGGAAAUGAGGGGCCACAGUAGGACAUAGAGGCUAGCCUGGGCUGCUUUCUUCAGUGUUACUAACCCUUUCCCAGGGUCUCAUGUCCAGCGCCCCCCUCCCAGAGAUGUGAAAACUGGGUUCUAUCCUGUGCAGUUAGGUCAAUGGUCCCCUGAAUUCUCAGGAGAGAAAUGUCCCAGACAGUUACAAGUUAUUACCAAAGAAAGCAUUCUGUAGAGCCGCCUGCCCUCCUCGCCCCGGGGCCAUCCUGGGUAGGCAUUCACAGGCCAAGCAGACCAAAGACAAGCAGGUUGGCCCACGUACAGGCCUAGCCCUCCCUGCUGGGGGCAGAGGAGGAGCAGGAAAGGGAAGCCUCCCGCCUGCCCUCCCCGCCCCCUCAGCGACCUUCCAGGGUCAGCGCUGGCCACCUGGCAGGCCGGGCCCUCUGGUCCCCUCUGUUACCAGCCCUGCAUGCCAGGGCGAGCCAGGUGUCCUGGUCAGUGCCCUGUGAGCUUGACUGGGCUGAACGUUAGGGCAGACCCUUCCUGGGCAGUGUUACUUUGCAGUGGUUUUAUUUUCAAGAAGAGGAUGUAAAAGAAAAGCCUUUUUAAGUGGCUUUGCCAACCCUCCAAGUGCCUUCAGCCAUCUCGGACGGGAAGUCACCAGGUGCACAGUUUAAGGUUUCAAGAGGGGGACGGUGUCCCACGCUAGAGGGGGCAGGAAUCCAGCCUUACCAAGGAUUUGUUUAUAAAAUGGCCCCGGGGGAGACCAGUGAUUUUCCUGGAGUGGAAGAACGUACCAAAAGCCUGGGUGGGGGGCAUCUGGCCCCAGGAAGAACAGGACCCUGGGGUGCUUGUUAGGAAUGGCCUGAGGCAUCUGGCCAUGUCCACCUUUGUUACCCACCUGGCUUAGCCUAGAAAUCUUGGGACAACUUGCUCCCUUCCACUAUGCCUCACUUUCCUUUCCUGUGAAAUGGGUGGGUUUGAGUAGUGGAUCACAGAAUUGGAAAGGAGUCAGAAGUCAGCCUUUACCUGAGAGGAAUCUCCCAUCCUGCAUCCCUGACCAAUGGUCAUCCCACCUCCAGGGAGGGAGGCCCACGAGCUCCUCCUCCUCCUCCUCCUCCACCUCCCAAAGGUUCCGAUUUACUUGGAGGCUGCAGAUGCUCGAGCUCCCUGUGGACUGCUCCCCUCCUGGCCCAAUGAUACAGAUGAUUCUGUGACCUCUGAGCCAGGAUCCAAGGCCACGUGGCUCCACGUUGGGCGGCUGCCCUGGCGUUGGGUCGGCGUCUUCUGUUGGGAAAACCACUGGCGUCUGCUGAUGGCUCUCGUUUGCUGAGUGCCUGCCGGCAGCAGUUCCCAGGGUCAUUUUGACUUUGUUGUGGAGACCGAAUCCCGGGGGAGAGGGCCCGGCCAGGCUGUAAGGAGGCAGAGGGUCCGAUCUCGCCUCCCAGGUCUGCCCUUGAGCUCUUGUGGUCCCCAGCACCUGGUCUGGAUGCCCCUGCCUGCGGUGCCACAGGAGAAAAGCCUGGGAGAGAUUUCCAAGAAUCUGCACUAGAAGGUCCAAUGGACAGCUCCCCUACAACAAUGGGGAGCUCACCCCCUCCGUGCCAUUAUCCAGUGGCAUGUGUCACGAAGAUGAAUGUCAGCUGGAGGGAAGCUCCAGGGGAGUCGGGAAGCGCUCUCCGAGCUUGGCCGGUGGUGCCCACUCAUCCGCACGAGGCCGGGCCCCAGCUGCCUCCUGUCCUUGGUUCUGAAGCCUCUCGAUGGGCAGACCCAGAGCUCUGUUGGUCACUUGGCACUCUGGACCCUGGAGCACCUUGGGGACAGCUGUGGGGAAGAAGGCCCUCUAGCUCUCGGCCAUGACUAGUGUGGACUGCUUCAUUGUUCGCACCUUCCAUUCCCCUCGUUCUGCUCAAAGAUGUGGGCCUCACGAAGAAUGGCUGAUUCACAGAUGCUCCAUGCCACGCCACCUGACUGGUCUGCUCCCUCCCGUUCCUCGCCCAUCUCGGGGCCCAGGGGAGCGGCCCAUGCAGGACACACCGCCACUCCUCCCAGGUCCACCUUGGAAGCCAGGCUGCUGUGGCCGAGGGAAGGAGAGAAUCCCAGGAUGCUCGGUCCGCACUCCCUCUCCCCAAACAUUUCACCAUGGAAAACCUUAGUAGGUGAGGCUGAUUCUAGGGGCACCCCUCAAGUCCACAGUUGUUUACAGCUCUUUGCAAGACCCUGUGUACCCCGUUAGUGCUGAUUUGAUGCACCAGCUGCUUAGCCAGUGUAGACCACACCUGCCUUCCCCACCCCCGGGUCCUGGAAGGACUGACAAGCAGCUUGUGCCUGGAGCUGUCCUGACCCUCCCAGGUCAGCGUUUGCCAGAGCUGUGCCCUUGAGAAUCCAGGCCGAGGGGAAAGACAGCUCCUUUCUGGCUCAGAUAGACUGGUGGGCCAGCCUGGAACCCAACCACAGGGUCCUAACUCGGUGCCUUUCCAGGUGGGGCCGGCCGGGUCCAGCCCGCCUGACUCCUAGUGGCUGCCUCUUGACCAGCACCAGGGAAAGCUUUCUUGGGUUUAGCCAGUCUGGCGUCUUCUGUCUCAGUCAGGUGCUGGAUGCCCCUUCCGGGCUGGGUCCAGGGCCCUGAGGAGCACUGGUGGCCACGUGGGACGGAGCGAGGGGCUUUGCUCCACCUGGGGGUUGGCCCUCCCAGCCGAGUGCCAAGCAGUUGGUCGGGACUGCUCUGCACAGUAUCCCUGUCUCCAGCAGAGAAGGAUGAUUAAGUAUUAUUAGUGUCUAUUUUUAAAAUUAAGUGGGUUGGGAGACUGAGCUGCAAAUGUCAGCUCCAUAUACAGAAAUACCAAGCGCUAGGAGCCAGGUGCCCCCCUCCCCCAACACCCUUUUUUUUUUUUUAAGGUACCGCUAAUCUUGAUGCUUUUUCUUCUGGGAGAGCGGGAGGGGAGGGAGACCGCGGCCUCUAAAGGAGAUGGGAGGCAGACAGUGAGGAGAGGUGCCUGCCUAGGUGGGCACGUUGCCCCAAGGCUUGUACUGCCCACAGCGAGGCCCCAUCCUUCCCCUUCCUUCCCCCUCCUGUCCCCGGUGUCAAGAUGGUGGAGGACAGAAGAGCAGUGGGCCUAACUCGGGAAGGUACUGGUACUGUUCCAGGCCGUGCCCAGCGUCCCGGACGUUUCAGUGUCCCACAGUGCUUUUGCUGACCCCUUAGGCCACCCCCCCUCCCAGCACCGGCUUCCUCAUCGGUAUUAUGAAAGUUAGUCGAGAUGGGCCAGAAGGUCCUUCUAGCCUCAACAUCAUCCCUUCUAGCCCCGCGCACUCUGUGACUCUCCUAAAGGCGGAGUCCGGUUCCCUGGGAGCCCUGCUCCUUGCUGCCUCCAAGCUCAGCUGGACUCUGGGUUAGGACUGGCAGUCUUCAACCCCGAGGCCUUGCAUGGCUCGGGUUGUAGGGCGAGUGGAAAAAAGUGUCCUGGGUGAACCAAGGGCUGGCCAGGGCUAAAAAAGAGCAAAGAGGGAGGGAGAGUGAGUGAGUGGGUGGGUGUGUGUGAGAGAGAUGAAAGCAAACCAGGCCUUGGGCUAUAAAGGUGUGUUGGCCCCCGAGGGGUGUGGGGGAUUGGGAUGGGGAGAGCGCAGCCCAUCCCUGGCCACAGUCUGCUAACGUGUAGAUGAGCUCAGACCUAGCAGGCAGCCUUGAAUGCAAGCGCUUUCUGGCCCAGGGCUAAUAUUCCUCAGCCUCACUUGGCGUUCCUGUGGUUGAGCAGAGCACACGCAAACACGUUUCCUGCCUCGGUGUCCAGGCACAGCUGUGGCCACAGGAGGCCCUGGGGAUGCAUGGCCAGAAGCAUCGUCUCACAGACUAUGCUGGGAGUUUUGUGUACUGGUCCAGCGUGGUAUUUAGGAAGGACAUACGCAAGCCGGAGGGUGUAUAGAGGAGGGAAGCCAGGAUGGAGAGUGGCCUGAGAAGUGGGAUGUGAUGAAGGGCUGCCACGUGAGAGGGAUUAGACCCGGGCAGUACUAGAAACAAUGUGGGUGGGACAGCUUGACCUGAGGAGAAAAUGCCCAGGGAUUGAGUUGUCUAGACCUGGGCUGGUUGGGUCUGGCAGCACGUGGCGCCCCACGGAUGGGGUCUUUGCUUGGAGGCUGGAUAGAGUGACCUGGUGGUAGAGGCUUCCCGCACAAAGUUAGGCUACGUGGCUGGGGUCUCCCUGCCCCCUCCCCCCCAAUAUACACUGAGUCAGUAUUCAGAGGGGCCCUAGCCAGGUGGUGCGAUGCGAAGAGAGUCUGAUUUUCCGUUUGUCCCUCCCCCAGGAGGAGCAGGCCUCGCAGGCCUCCUUCCAUUCCUAUCAGAAACCUUUCCCAGAGAUAACGGGGUGGCCACAGGCUUGGGGGGAGGGGGGCAGAGGCUCAAGUACUUGUUCUAGUCGUCUCUUGGACGGCCACUUCCUCUCCCCCCACCCCUGCCCCAAUUUCCUUACCAAUAAAGUUGGGGGGGGGUGUCUUGCUGGCCUCGGGCCUUCCCCGGCUCGGACACGCCUUGGCUCUGGAAUAAGACAGUAUUCUUUGCCAAUAAAUCCCCCUUUCUCCUUUGGCCGGUGGAGGCUCCUCA